AUGGUGUACUCAACGCUGUCUCCUCCACUGGACCUGUCGCAUCAUUUCUCCUCGGUCACGAAGAGACGGGAAGCGAGCGAAACAAAGAGCCUGUAUAAGUACUUUUUCAUCCCAGGCAUCGCCAACUUGGCCGGUGGCCUGCCAAAUGCGUCAUACUUCCCCUACGAUACCCUCGAAGCUACCGUUGCCCAUCCUCAGCGUUUCCCCGCGACCUCCGACAAUGACCAGAUCAAACCCCCCAGUGGCUCCCCUUCAACCGAGCGCAGGAUUGUCCCGAAAGAAAGCCCGACCACCAACCUCUUAAAGAAAAUUGAUCUUACCACAGCCCUUCAGUAUGGAACAGCUGAAGGCCUCCCUGUUAUGGCCGAUUUUAUCCGCCAGUUUACCCGCAACCACCUUCAUCCGAAUGUCCCCUAUGCCGGCGGCCCUAACACUCUCCUCACGUGCGGUGCGACCGACGGAUUUUCCAAGGCCAUUGAAACCUUUACCAACCCUUGGGAUCCUCGUCGGGAUUGGAUCAGCCAACGCGAGGGCAUACUCUGCGAGGAAUUCGUUUAUAUGAACGCAAUCCAAACCGUGAAGCCGCGGGGCCUCAACAUCGUUCCGGUAGUCAUAGACGCGCAGGGCAUGCUUGCGCAUGGUAAGGGAGGAUUGGCCGACGUGCUUGAGAACUGGGAUUUUAGAAAGGGCCGUCUUCCGCAUCUGAUGUACACGAUCACCAUCGGCCAAAACCCGACGGGCGGGACCUUGUCGGUCGAGCGCAGGCGGGAGAUCUAUGCUCUCUGUCGGCAAUUUGACAUCAUCAUCAUAGAAGACGACCCGUACUGGAACUUGCAGUAUCCGUCUGCAACUGCUAUGGAGGCCGGAUUCCGAGGAUCAGAUGUCGUAGAUGUAACCCCACGCAAUUACAACGCCCACGGCAGGUCCUCUGGGUACGAUUUCUUGGAUUCUUUGGUGCCGUCAUAUCUCUCCGUUGAUACAGACGGGCGCGUUGUACGUCUCGACACCUUCUCGAAGACCAUAGCUCCUGGUUGUCGAUUAGGAUGGAUUACCGCCCAGCCGGCCGUAAUCGAACGGCUGACUCGUCUCACCGAGACAUCAACUCAGCAGCCGUCGGGAUUCGUACAGGCCAUGGUGGCUGAACUAAUUGUGGGCCAGCAAUCCGAGGAUGGCCAGAAUGCCACAGGCGCAAGUAAGAAUAAGUCUAAAAAGAGCGAACAAGCCUGGCAGAUGGACGGCUGGGUUCGCUGGCUGGAAGGUCUCCGUGCGGGAUACGAACAGCGCAUGCAGACAAUGUGUACCAUCCUCGAAGAGGGCAAGUAUCUCAUCGACUCCGAUAGCGCAUGGGACGAUGCACCACAACCCAUGGCGGAAGAUGAGAACGCCUGGGAAGUCCUGGAUAAGAUGCAGAUGUAUGAGUUCUCCUGGCCCACUGGUGGUAUGUUUGUGUGGGUCAAGGUCUGCAUUGAGACGCACCCCUUGCUGGAGAAGUAUGGCCCGGAGAGGCUGAUCCAAGCUUUGUGGCUGCAUUUGAUGCAAAAGCCGUAUUUGUGUCUUUCUGGUCCGGGGACCAUGUUUGCUCCUACACAGGAGCUUAUGGUUCGAGCGCAGGGAUACUACAGGUUGUGCUUUGCGGCGAUGCCGGCUGAGGACGUAUCGGGCAUCACCCGGAGGUUGGUGGAUGGAUUCCGUGCAUUUUGGCAACGGAAGAAUCUUGAUGGCUUGGGUGAUGAGGAGGUUGCGCUUAAGAUAACCGUCAUCCCACCCAUCACCACCCCCGCCGCCCCGGGCUGCCCAGCCUUUACCAAUUCCGCAAAAAUGGAUCCGGCCCUCGAAUCCCUACAGAAUACCGAUCUGGCGGAAGAAAUUGAAGCCAUCAAUGCCAUUUACGAACCGGACACCCUCACUAUCACGAACACCUCUACCUCAACCGGCCCCUCAACUCUCGACCUAGGGGGACCCGGCUCUUCGGAUUCUUCUCCUCCUUCAAUAACAAUAAAGCUUCAACUCCCAGAACAUCCCCACCUGUCUUUCCUCCUCGGCUUUGACUCAACAUAUCCCGAUACCCCUCCCAAAAUCCUAGGAACAGCAUCCACAGCCUCGCGCGGAGAGGGCAAGCUCGCCGUCGAUGUACUAGAGGACAUUCUCAGCCGCACAUACCAACCGGGCGCGGUGUGUCUAUUCGACCUGAUCAACGAAGCUGUCCAGGCGUUCACGGAGCUCAAUAUCGGCGGUAGCGCUACAGCCACCACCAACAAUCAUGACACAACCUCCCACACCCAACCAGCCUCCGAAGAAACAACCACUGAAAAUGACAACUCUCAAUCGCUAACCACAGGAUCAAAUACUCCCGAUUACCAUAAAUUCAACCUCACCAGCCCACCACCAUGGAUCCUCUCCGAUGUCAUCACGGAAAAGAAGUCCGUCUUCGUUGGGCGCGCCGCCUACGUCACGAGUCUGGAUCAGGCAAAGGCGUUUCUGGAUCAUCUGCUCGCAACCGAGAAGAAGGUCGCAUCCGCGACGCAUAAUAUUAGUGCGUGGAGGAUUCGCGAGGUGAAGUCAUCUACUUCUACUGCUGGCGGUAGUGGUAAUAAGAAUGGUGAAGCUACGGAGAUGAUUGUGCAGGAUUGCGAUGAUGAUGGGGAAACGGCUGCGGGCGGUCGACUACUACAUUUGAUGCAAUUGAUGGAUGUUUGGGAUGUGGUGGUUGUAGUGACGAGAUGGUAUGGUGGUGUGUUGUUGGGGCCGGAUCGGUUUCGCAUUAUCAAUGCCGCGGGGAGGGAUGCGUUGGUGAAGGGGGGUUUUGUGAAAGAAAAGACGUCGGGGGAGAAGGGGAAGAAGAAGGGAAAGAAAUGA